ACUAACCCUCUAUCUGUUACAACUAAACCUGCAUAUGGGGCAGGUUGUAAUAUUUCACCUGUCACCACGCUCUGUGGAAUUGUUCAAGAACGGUAGGUCCUACAAACAAACUUCCAGUGCACAUUUGUAGCAGAGAUAUGUAUGUUGCUUGUAUAAAAAUAUGAGCAGUAAAACUCAAAUGGUUUUAGAAAUAUUUAGCCAAAACCAAAAAGUGUUACUUCGUGCUCCCCUCUAGUUUGAAUGAACUGGACAAUAUAAUGUAAUGGACAAUUCUGCUUCCAACCUGUAGGGGGACUGAAGCGGGAAAAGUUCUCUAGCGUUGAUUUAAAAUUGUCCCCCGUGCGGCCUAAACACACUAACCAAAUUUAAAAAGAAUGGAAAGACCGUAAUUGUCAUGUCGUCACAUGACAGUCACCUUUCUGAAGCUAAACAUAACUGUCACGACCGCCACCUCACGAACAAUAUGACCAAAUGGAAAUCUAAAUGGGCACUGACAAGCUGUUUAAAAGCACCUGAAAUAACAUCACGUUAAAGAGUAUUACUGAGUGGACUAACAACAUGAUGGUGUAAAGUACCAUUGCACUGCCACGAUCAUUCGCACAAUGAGGAACUUCACCUUGAUGACAGUGUUACUUCUCUGCUGCCUCAGCUGGAUCUCCGUCUCAGUUUCUGAGUCUCAGACUGUGGAGGUUCAGCCUGGGGAAGACGUCACUCUGCUGUGCUCCAACUUUUCCAGUACUCCCUCUCAGAUAUAUUGGUUCAGAGCGGUCAAGAGAUCCCAGCCCCGCUGUGUCUCCUUCAUGUUCGAGGCUCCUGAGCCUGCUACACUCUGUGAUGGAUUUCAAAAUGGAAAAUUUGAAAUGACAUCCAACAUGUCUGCUGUUUUUCUCAAAAUCAAACAAGUGAAUUCAUCCGACUCUGGGCUGUAUUUCUGUGGAUAUAUCAUAACAAAAAACCUGGUUAUUGUCGAUGCGACAUAUUUAGAGGUUCAAGAUGUGUUUGAUGGAAUAACAAAGCUGAUGAGUGGGAUCCUGGGCGCUCUGACUGCUUUCCUCGCUAUGAUCAUCAUUUGUCAGGCUGUUAAAAUCAAAAAGCUUCAGAAAGCUCACAUUGAGGAACGGAAUCUACAACAGACAGAGAGUCUGGGCUCCGAUGAUCUGAACUAUGCAGCAGUGACCUUUCGCCCCAAAACAGAAAGAAACCACCGGCUGGCGCCAAAGACAGAAGUGGUGUCAACUGUUAUUUAUUCAGCCACCAGAUAGACUCA